UGUAACAGCAGGUAACAUCUGCGCUCGGGCGUGUGUGUGUGAGUAAGCCAUUGUUGUGUGUGCAGGAACAAACAAUGGGCGACAGCGCUAGUGAGAGGCGUGCGGCCUGUGGGAGAUAUGACCCGCAACCGUGGCGCAAGGACAGGUGCAGGGUGUGCUUCAGGACCAGGGAGGACCACGGAUUGGAUAGCGAUGCUGUAGACGGUGGCAGCAGUAACCUCAUGCCUGUGGAAUUAGAGAGGAGUCCCGAGGGUGGCUUGCCGGUACUGAUAGCUGGGAAUUCGGUGCCGCAGCAGCUGCCGCCUUUUUUGGAGAACCGUAGCGGAGAGGGAGACCCAGCGGGAGCGAUGCUGCUGUCCCCCGAGGGAUCAAGCGUGGGAGACCCGGAGGAGGACCAAGCGAGCACGGACUUGGAAACCAGCUCUGCAGACGAGAACGGUAGCAGCAGCACUGAGAGGGUGGAUAGAAGAGGAAUGGGGAAGGAUGCGGACGCCCCACCCCCUAGGGUUAAGCCACGCUCAGGCGCGCACAGCUCUAAACCCUGGCGGCAAAAUUCAGCUGCCAGCAAGAGAAAGCUUCGCAGUGCAGACGAGGUGAUGGUAAAACCGGGCGACGUCACUAAAAAAUUAUCCAAAGGAGGCCAUAUUGGCAAAACGUCGUCCGUACGCGGGAACUUUGAGCGUAGCUCAGGACUAGGUCUAUCCAGCACAUACACCCGCUCUAUAACCAAGAGUCCGGCUGUUUAUAGAAAAGAUGCCGGUGCCAGAACGUUAAAUACGGACACUGGCAAAGGGACAACAGCAGGGAGCUGGGGUAGUGGUAAACAACACGUCUGGCAUUCCGUAGGGUCGGGCAAAGCGAAGACAGACGGUAGUAAGCAGACAGGAGACGGGAUAUACCUAACGGAGAGGUACCGCGCAAAAGCCCGAGCUCAGGCUAGUAGAGGGACAAGAGGGUCGGACGAGAAAUUGAACAGCUACCUCAGGAGCCCCGAUUCUGACCGAGGGGGGGCGAGCACCUCGCCCGAAGGAGAUCGAAGAUCCCCGAACACGCCCGAAGACGUAAGGAAGGUGGGAGACGACGUCGCGGAGGAGAACGCCCGUCUUAAGGCGGAGAUUAAGGAACUUAAGCUUGAACUUGAAGAAAUGCAGGACUCGUUUCGGGAAGAGGAAUUUGAGCAGUUCCGGCAGCUGCAGCGAGAGCUCGAACAAACAUCCAGGAACUGCCGCAUCCUGCAGCUGCGCCUGCGCAAGGCGGAGAAGAGAAACGAGCAGGUCGAGGCGGACCGGGGGAACUACAGCCGCGUGAGGGAGAUCGAACAGGAUCUCAAGGUUGCUAAGGAUGUUUCAGUCCGCCUGCAUCACGAGUUGGAGCAGGUAGAGGAGAAGCGGUCCAGAGUGGAGGAACAGAAUCAGCAUCUUAGACACAAACUCGUCAAGUCUGAAACAUCUCGACAGGCCCUCAAGGGAGAGGUCGAGAAACUUAGGAAACAGAUUCAGAAGGCGAAGAACCACAGUAAAGGUUCCGACUCGGAGGAGGCCCCCUCGGCGGCCAGCCAGGCCACCAGCGCCGAGGCGCAAUCCGACGUCCGCCGGCAACUCGAGCUAGUAGAGGAAGAAACCAACCUCAUGCGACAGUCUCUCGUCGAAGUCGAGAAGGACAGGGACGGUCUACAGUUCCAAUUAGAACAAUACAAAAGAAAAUACGGCGAGUUUGAAUCAAGCGAAAGCGAACAAGCCGAACAGUCCGAGUCUAGCAACAUUAGCAAAGAGGCACAGCUGAAACUAAAGCUCAAACUAGUAGAGGAAGAAGCUACAACGCUAGGUAGAAAAUUAAUAGAAAUGGAAGUGAAAAAUGAGAAGCUAGGGGCGGAGCUACAAAAGUACCGCGGUAGGUGUAAAAACAUGUCUGCCUCCAGUAGCGAAUCGGAAGCAAGCUACCCGGAAAGCGACAUGCCGGAAAACGUGGAAGAACUUCGGAGACAGCUACAGUUUUUAGAAGAGGAGGCUGAUGUCUUGCGCAGGACUGUGUCAGAUCUGGAGGAGCAGAACCAAAAUCUCACUGCCCAAGUCUCGCGAUAUCAGGCCGAGAAAAAGGCAGGUAACCUUCGACCCCGAGGCAAAGAUGGCGGCCAGGACCUGAAAGCGAGGCUGAGACUUCUCGAAGAGGACAAUUCUAUACUAAAACAGAAACUUGCUGCAAUGGAAUACGAUAACAGAAUCUUAGUUUCAACGAUUCAGAAAUACGAAUUAGAAAUAAAGUGUGCAAAGAGCGCGAAGACGCCCGACUCGGGCAGCAAAGAGGACAUCAACAAGAAACAACUCGAAGAGGAGGUCACCUUUCUGCGGAACAAACUCGCGGACAUGGAGGGGAGGAACGAGGAUCUCGCGAGAAUCUGCGAGGAUAACGAGCAUGACAUGGCGGCCGCUCGGAUGGAGAAGGACAUGGAAAAGCAGAUCAGCGAGUUCCAGCGUCUGGAGGAGAUGUGCCUGCUGGAGCAGAACAUCGAGGAACUACAGACACACUUAGAGUACCUCCAAAGCUGUCUAGACCGUAAAGAUGAAGUCUGCAAGCGGCAAGAGAAGGAGCUAACUGUCAUGGCGGAGGAACUGAGAAUCCUCAAGACAGAAGCGGGACUGAAGAAGGAGGGAGACGAGGUCAGGUGGCGGAAACAGCCUGCCCGUGACACCAGCGGUCUCACAGCGCCGCCUAGCGACGAGAAGAAAAAGAGCAAGUCUUCCAAAGAUACCCAGAAGUCCCCGGGCUCCACUAGAAGCAGAUCCCUAAAGGACAUGAUGGCGCAGGACAAGAGCAAAAGCAGACGUGGAUCGCACACCUAG